GGCAGGAGGUGAGAGCUCAGUGGCUGUUGAGCUAGUUUCUAUUUCAAGUGCCUGCAUGUCUGAGGCUGAGUUUGAAGCCUCCAGCAUAGUUGGAGUUAAUUCCCAUUAUGUUGGACUCCGCCCCCCCUCUCCCAAAGGUAAAGCAAGGUUUUCAGGCAUCACUGCAAAGAGCAACCAGGAUUCCCAUCCCUGUCUGACAAGCUGUGAGAAGUUUUCCUCAGAUCCGAGCUUGAAGAGAGGGAACAAGUCAAUCAGGCUUCGUGGUCAGAAGGUCCAGAAGACCCUUCAGCUGGGAUCUCCACUGGUUCUUGGAACCACCUUAUUUUGGGGCUCUCUUCUAAUUACUGGUUCUAUGUUGUAUAACAAGAGCUACAAGAAAGCUGAUCAGGGCCUAUUUGGGUUGCCAUCACAGUCACCAAUUCAGCUCUCUGUUUCUUCCACUGAAGCCUAGCAACUAUAGAACUCUGAGCUAGGCAGAAUGAAAGGAUGAUGGAAAGUAAUAUUUCAUAAAGAACCGAGUGAUCUAUGAGAGAAUGAUCUCCUCCAGAAGCAAGAAUCACAUGGAACAUCCAUGAACCCCAGGACUAUCCAGUCAGAUGAAAAUUAGGCCAGCAUAGCCUACAUAACUUGUUGCAUUUGCUACUGUGAAACAUCUCAUCUCCCCAUCCUUGCAGAGACACCUGAGACCAUGAGGAGCAACCUUACUCUGGUGGGCACUUUCUGGGCCUUCCUGUCACUUGUCACUGCUGUGGCCAGUUCUACAAGUUACUUCCUGCCUUACUGGCUAUUUGGAUCCCAGCUAGGGAAGACAGUAUCCUUCAGCACAUUCAGAAGAUGCAACUACCCUGUUCGGGGAGAGGGACACAGUCUGAUCAUGGUGGAAGAAUGUGGGCGCUAUGCCAGCUUCAGCGCCAUACCUAGCCUGGCUUGGCAGAUGUGCACAGUGGUGACAGGUGCUGGCUGUGCUCUGCUGCUCCUAGUGGCAUUGGCUGCUGUCCUGGGCUGCUGCAUGGAAGAACUCAUCUCCAGAAUGAUGGGGCGUUGCAUGGGAGCUGCACAAUUUGUAGGAGGACUGCUGAUAAGCUCAGGCUGUGCAUUAUAUCCUUUAGGAUGGAAUAGCCCAGAAGUAAUGCAAACAUGUGGGAAUGUCUCCAAUCAAUUUCAGUUAGGUACCUGUCAGCUUGGCUGGGCCUAUUACUGCGCCGGAGGAGGAGCAGCUGUAGCCAUGUUGAUCUGCACCUGGCUCUCUUGCUUUGCUGGAAGAAAUCCCAAGCCUGCCAUGUUGGUGGAGAGCAUCAUGAGAAACACCAAUUCGUAUGCCAUGGAGCUUGACCACUGCCUUAAGCCUUAAGCUUUGAAAGAAAAUUAACUGCAAAGGGCUGGAAAGUGAGGGAAAGGAGUCCUGAAAAGAGGAACUAGGCCAAGGCACCUGCUGCUAGUAAUCUAGUCUAGGGUUUGCAUGCUUUUUAACCACUUGUUCAUUUUCACUUCCAAGAAAGCAAUAGGUUCAUGGUUAUUUACAAAAUUCAUCUAGAGCAAUGAUUCACUCAAGCAUUCACCCAACAAAAGUUUUCAUUGACCACCGAAGUCACAGUUUGUUGCUUUCUGCAAAAUAAUAUCCUUAAUUAAAAGAUAUCUGUAUAACCAAGAAGCUCCUUAGAGUUCUAUAACUUUUAUUUCCAACUUAAUUUAAAGCCUGAAGGCUGAUUUAAAAACAGUUGUACUCAGAAGUACUAGGAGAUGCACAGUGCUGGUUCCUACCAAUUCAUUUACAUAGCUCUCCCCCUAGCAUUUAUUGCCCAUCCCCAAACACAUCUGGGAUACCACAGCUCAAUUUUUGUGUGCCUUUCUCAGGCUUAUACCUUUUCCUGUUUUUCUUUUCAGUCAUGGGAAAGCUUGGCAGAAGGAUACAUCCUACUGGAGAAAACAUUAACGAAGUUUGCUUGUAUAUAUUCUGGGUUCCCUUCCACAUUGUGCUUUAGAACAUUUAUAGGAGUUGAUUUUUUGUUCUUUCUGGGUGACUGACAUCAAAAUAUAGUGACAAGUAUUCCCUAAUCUCUUAAGAUACAGAAAUGCUCUUUAUCAAAUAUUCUGAGUAUAAUAUUUGUUAGUCGUUCAAUAAAUACAAAAUCACAGU